UUCUUUGGCCAAAGCCGUCCUCAGUCUUCUGGUCUGUGUGGGUCGACAGCAGCUGAAGAUGGUCGCUUUCUUUGUUGUGGCGUUUCUGCUGUCGUUGAGCAGCUCUUCCUUCAGUCAAGAAUGCAGACCAGGGUUUCUGGAGAACAUGGAUUUUCCUGGAUCAGAUCUGACGUUUCUGUUCUCUCCUUCUGCUGAGCACUGUCAGAAGCUGUGCACCCAGCACCCCUCGUGCCUCUUCUUCACCUUCAUACGGCCCGACUGGACCAGAGACAACACCUUUUUUCGCUGCUACCUGAAAUCCACUCCAUCUGGAGAGCCAGCCUCACAAACUCCUCUUCAGGGCGCCACUUCUGGAUUCUCUCUCAAAGCCUGCAGUCAAGACUUACAACCGUGUUUUUCGGAGACUUUUGAGAACGUGGACUUCCCAGGGGCCGACUACAGAGCCCUGUUUACACCCGACUAUGAGGAGUGUCAGAGAGCCUGCACCCAGGACCCUGGCUGCCAGUUCUUCACCUUUUUAAAAGGGGAUUUUUCAGGAACAAAUUUCAGGUUCAAGUGUCAUCUGAAGUUCAGCUGGAGUUUACCGGUGAUCCCUGACAUAGAAAAAAGAGCUGGACUUGUAUCUGGGUUUUCCCAAAGAGCAGAAAUAAUCCCUGAGCUGUUUUAUAUAGCAUGUCAAAGCAGUCUUCUUCCCAACACUGACAUCCCUGGAAGUGAUCUCAUCAAGCUGAAGGCCGUCUCUCCUGAACACUGCCAGGUCCUGUGUUCUGCUCACCCACAAUGCACCUACUUCUCGUUUGUCAGCGAUGACUUCAGCUGUUAUCUGAAGAACAAUGGAAAUGAAAUGGUGACCACAGCAAAGAAUGGAGUCAUAUCGGGGAUGCCGACCCGAUCCUGUCAGGUUGAUGAAAACUGGAUCAAGCUGACUUAUGAAGAGAUCGAUUUUAAAGGCUUCGACAUACGAUCAGAGGUGCUGGACGACGCGGCUGCCUGUCAGAGGUUGUGCACCGAGACCCCCGCCUGUCAGUUCUACACUUACAUCAAUGAGAACUCCUCGGACCAAGCUGCUCGGCGUCGCUGCUUCCUGAAGAGUGUCAUCACCAUCCCUGCUCCUCCAGCAGUGACUAAACUGGACAACGUUGUGUCCGGCUUUACCUUGAGAAACUGUUUAACUUGAGCCUGAUCACAACUUACUGGUUUUUGUGUUCAAACAUGAGGAAUAAAGCCGCCUUAAACAUUU